AUGGCCACCUUGGCCUCGUCACCCCCAACCUCGCCCUCCUGGCCGAAGCGGCGCCCUCGAGCCUGGGCUCUCCGCUGUGAACGCUACUGCUGUGCGGCAGCAAGCUGCUUUCCACUCGCCUUUAUCUACGGCCUCACAACAUGGGCGGUCUACGUUGCAAUCAGCAUUGGCAUCAAGCCUUCAAAGAGUGAAUGGAUCGGAAUCCCAAGUACGGCACUCGCAUUCACACUCUACGCCCUCCUCAACUUCUCCUAUACCGUCGCCGUAUUUACCGACCCGGGAUCGCCGACCCGCCGCGGCGCUGACCGCCACGAAUACAGCGCCGUCCCUGUCUCCGAAUAUCCGGAGUUCACCUCAUAUACCGUCAGCUCGACCGGCGAGUCGCGGUACUGCAAGAAAUGCCAGUGCCCGAAACCAGACCGCGCGCACCAUUGUUCAACGUGCAAGCGAUGUGUCUUAAAGAUGGACCACCACUGCCCGUGGCUGGCAACGUGCGUGGGACUGUAUAACUACAAAGCCUUUCUGCUAUUUUUGAUCUACACCUCGCUGUUUUGUUGGGUUGUUUUUAGCGUUGCUUCUAUUUGGGUUUGGACUGAGAUUCUCAACGACACCCAGUACAUGGAUACCAUUCUACCCGUGAAUGUCGUUUUGUUGGCGAUUCUUGGUGGUAUUAUUGGGUUGGUCUUGACGGGAUUUACAGCUUGGCAUAUUAGUCUUGCUGUUCGUGGGACAACGACCAUCGAGUGUCUAGAGAGGACGCGAUAUGUCUCGCCUUUGCGUAAGGCGUUGGACCGCAAGCGCAAUGAGCAGCCGCCCAGCGAUAAUUACUGGGGUGAGCCGGAACCUAGCUUGACCGGUCGACUGCAAGGGUAUGGAAACCAGAUCAUCGAUGCGCAUGCCAAUGCCAUCCCAGGAGUCACUCGUGCGGAAGAAGGUGAAGAGCACCUAUCUCCAGACCCGCGCUCAACAGACCCUAUGUCCGGUGCCUCAGGUCCAGACAACCACCUCACACCAGCCCAACAGGCUCUGACGCGAUCAUACGCCGAAAUGGAGCGACAGCGCGAACAUGAAAGGUACCAAGAGUACCAAAACUACGAAGACAACGAGAAAAUGCCCAGCGCCUUCGACCACGGCUGGCGUCGAAACCUCCUCCACCUCUUCGGCGAACGACCACUCCUCUGGCCUCUCCCAAUCUGCACAACCACCGGCGACGGCUGGGGCUGGGAACCCAGUGAGAAAUUCCUAGAAGCGCGGGACCGCAUGCGAUCUCAGCGAGACCAGGAAUCUUCCGAGGAACAGCAGUACUACCACGAACUGUACCAGCGCAACCUGGAUAACAGUCAUAGUUGGAGAGACCCUGCUGGCACCGCGCAACCCUUGCGCACGCCGAAACGUGGUACCACGCCUGAACGGCCUCCGACUAGUGUCUCCAUGCAGACUCUUGCGCCAAGGUCUCCGAGACCGAGGCCUGGUGAUAGUGAUUUUGAAGAUGAGGUUGAGGGGAAUGGAUUGUUGGAUCCGGGGGUGGGGCGUCCUCAGGCUUCACGUGAUGAUCCGGAUGAAUGGCGAGAUUGGGAUUAA